AUGAAGCAGUUUCGAAGUUUAGUUAUUGCGUUGUCAUUGAUUUUGGCUGCAGGAGUUCACGGGGAAGAGGAAUGUUCGAAAAAAGGCAACACAAUUGCUGACCAAGACUUCGGGAUGGCGCUGACACCUGACGACAUAAUUACAUCUAUGAUGGGACCGUGGAUGAUUCGAGAUUACUUCCGACCCUGGAGGUAUCUAGAAUCCCUAACCAGGGACCUAGGAUCGACUAUUAAAAUGGAGAAAGACAAAUUCCAAAUCAAUUUGGACGUUCAGCACUUCGCCCCUGAAGAAAUCACUGUGAAGACUGCUGAUGAUUAUGUGGUGGUCGAGGCUAAACAUGAAGAGAAAAAGGAUGAGCAUGGUUAUGUUUCAAGACAGUUUACGAGGAAAUACGCGUUGCCUGAAGGUGCUGUGUCGGAAAAUGUGGUCUCAGAAUUGUCCAGCGACGGAAUUUUGACGAUAACCGCACCAAGAAAGCAUAUUGACGCGAAGGGAGAGAGAGUGGUGCCUAUAACCCAAACUGGUCCUGUCAGAAAGGAGUCAAAGGAGAAGACGAAGGGCUCUUGUUCUGGUGAUGAGAAAUGUGAAUUGUAA